AUGAAAUUUAACUCACCAAUCAUCUCCUUCCUCUUGCAUUUAAUUUUUCUUGUUACUUUCAUUAGUCCUAUUUACUCUUCAAAAACAAACAACCACCAAAUAGUCCAUCAAUCGUUACAAUAUGUCAAAGAAUAUCAAAAGAUAAACAAAACAAUAAAAACACAUCUUCAACAGAUCAAUAAACCCGCUAUAAAAUCAAUUCAAAGUCCUGACGGUGAUAUCAUCGAUUGUGUUUUGUUUCAAAACCAACCAGCUUUUGAUCUCCCACUAUUCGAAGAAUAUAAAUCAUUGGAUUUUCAAGGAAAAUUAAAAGUGCGCAACCAAAUAAAUAAUUUGAGUGUUGUUCAAUCAUGGAGUUUAUCUGGUGAAUUUUGUCCAGAAGGAACAAUACCAAUUAGAAGAACAAAAGAACAAGAAAUAAGAUUUGGAAGAAAAGAUAUGACCAUUCCUAAAAGAAUCUAUGAAGUUAUAACGUUUGUGCAAGGGCAUGGAUACCAUGGAGCAAAGGCUUCCCUAAAUGUGUGGGCACCCCAAGUGGAAAAUGGAGAGGAAUCCAGUUCAGCUAAAAUUUGGGUUCAAUCUCCAACAGCUAAAGAAAGUAUUGAAGCUGGUUGGCAGGUAUUUCCGAAGCAAUAUGGAGAUCACAAUCCUAGAUUAUUUAUUUAUUGGACGGCAGAUGCUUAUCAAUCCACUGGAUGCUACAAUUUACAUUGCCCUGGUUUUGUUCAAAUUAGCAAAACUAUUGGACUUGGAGCUGCUAUUACUCCCGUAUCUAAGCAUCUAGGAACACAAUAUAGUUUUAACUUAAAGAUCGAGCAGGAUCAAAACAGUGGGCACUGGUGGCUUGAAUAUGGAUCUGGAAAUGGACCUUUUGAAAAAGUUGGUUAUUGGCCAUACUCUCUAUUCAAAGAAUUAAACCAUGAAGCAAAUUUAAUUCAGUUUGGUGGAGAAGUUGUGGAUUUGAACCCAACAGGGGAUACUACUGCCACUGACAUGGGCAGUGGACAAUUUCCUGAACUAGGUUUAGAAGUCGCUGCGUUUAUUAGAAAUAUGCAAGUUGCAGUUACUCACGACACUUAUAUUGACCUUCCGAAUCCUGAAUAUUUAGAAGAAAAACCAAAUUGUUAUCGUAUAAAGGGAGGGUUUGACAAAUCUCAUGGGUCAUAUAUUUUCUAUGGUGGACCCGGUAGAAGUGAUAUUUGUCUUUAA